GAGAGAGAGAGAGAGAGAGAGAGAGAGACGGGAGGAGGGGAUAAGAAAAUUAAACCCUUUAAGUCAAUGCAUAUUGUGGUGACUCUGGCACAGGAGCCCUCACGGUGGAGUCGGCCAGGGCUGUGCGUUCCCAAAAUAUGACCAGGGGUGCUUGGAUGUGUCGGCAGUAUGAUGACGGCUUAAAAAUCUGGUUUGCAGCACCCCGAGAGAACGAGAAACCGUUCACUGAUUCAGAGAGGGCUCAGAAAUGGCGACUGUCUCUGGCAUCUCUCUUGUUUUUCACAGUCCUGCUCUCUGAUCACUUGUGGUUCUGCGCCGAGGCGAAACUGACCAGAACCCGAGACAAGGAGCAUCAUCAUCAGCAACAGCAUCAACAGCAACAGCAGCGGCAGCAGGAGCAGCAACAGCAGCGGCAGCAGCAGCAGCAACAGCAGCAGCAGCAGCAGCGGCAGCAGGAGCCCUCCUGGCCAGCGCUAUAUACUAGCAUGGGGGAGUCCUCGCCUACCGUACAGGCACACAGACUCCUCUCCUCCUCCUCAUCACCCACCCUCCCCCCCUCUCCCAGCAGCAGCGGGAGCAGCAGCGGCGGCGGCAACGGCGGCGGUAGCAGCAGUAGCGGCCACAGCAGCAGAGGACAAAAUAAUCAGAACAAGGCUAUUUUUCUAGGAAACUCUACCAAACCUCUGUGGCGCCUGGAGACGUGUUACCCUGAGGCCGCUUCCUCAGGCCAGUGUUUCAUAGUUGAGGAUGCGGACUCCGUGUGCCAGAGAAACUGGAGUCAGGUAGUAGAAGAGGAACCCCAGCAGCAGGUGACAGGGAAGCAUAAAACUCCUCACUUGAAGGAUUUCUACCUUCCCUUUUGUAAUUCCUAUACAUUUUGGGAGUUGUUCUCUGGGUUGUCCAAUCCGGACUCUUUGAACUGUAGUCUGGACGUGGUGCUCCAGGGGGACAAGAAGAGGACGAGCUGCAGGCAGUGCGUUGAGGCUUACCAACGCUACGACCACCAUGCUCAGGAGAAAUAUGAUGAGUUUGAGCUUGUGCUCAAGAAAUAUUUACAAUCGGAUGAGUACUCGGUGAAAUCAUGUCCUAAGGAUUGUAAGACUGUCUACAAAGCCUGGCUCUGUUCCCAGUAUUUUGAAGUCACACAGUUUCACUGCAGAAAGACAAUUCCUUGCAAGCAAUACUGUUUGGAGGUUCAGACAAGGUGUCCAUUUAUAUUACCAGACAAUGAUGAUGUCAUCUAUGGAGGACUAUCGAGUUUCAUCUGUACAGGGUUGUAUGAAAACUUUCCAACCAAUGCAGAACCAGAAUGCUGUGAUGUCAGAUGGGGACUAUUAUCAGAUAAUGAAUCCAAAGGGACUACAAAUAUAAAUGAAUCGUGUCACAGAACAUCGCUCACAGUUUCAUCAGCAUCAAGACUGUGCAAUAGCAGACUCAAACUGUGUGUGCUUGUAUUGAUUCUCUUGCAUACAGUACUAACAGUCUCAGCAGCACAGAACACAACAGGACUGGGUUUUGGCAGCAUUACCACAUUGGACGAAAAUUCAACCAACGAGGAAUAAAGGAAAGAAAUGUCAUGAUAGACAUUCAGCAGGCCCACAUGAAAUGAAUGACUGUAGUAAAAUGUAACAGAAACUGGGUGCUUUUACCCUUAAAUUGCUUAUAGCAAGGCCUUCGGGGUAAAACUUAAAAGAUGGGCCAGAAUCCAACCAACAAGGACACAAACACAGCUUUUUAUUGACUAAAAGGCUGUAUGGUGAUUUAAAUUUCUCACACCAUUUUAUACACUGUGUUUUAAUGUUUGGAAUUUGGUUUUUGUUUUGUUUUUUUUUUUUUUUGGUCUGUUUUUCCUUUUUGUUGGUUUGUUUGGUUUUUUUGCACUUGUUAAUACAGG